AGUGCUUUCCUAAUCGCAUGCUGACCCCCUCUGUUUCCACGAGCGAAUGUUCACAGGUUUUUCUGAACUGCAGCAGAAGAACAAAAUUCAGAUCGCAGCUUCUGCAAGACGGACGAAUACUGAUGUUAUUCACCGCUCAUUUCUUUGAAGUUWUCAACGCUUAAAGAACUACAAUUGUGUCGGGUUAUCAAAAUGAACUGUACAGAAGUCAAUCUUACUCUACGUCCAAAUCUUAACAGUGUGAAUGUAUCUUGUAACGAGACGUUAAAGUUUCGCCAGAAUCAUCGCGUUCAAAACUGCAAUCCUACAGAAAAUAUGGCUGUACUUAUGCCAUUGGCAAUUUCGACAGCCCUUAUCAACGGACUUGUUGUUUUUCUCUUUUACAAGAGAAAACAAUUACGAACUCCUGGAAACUAUGUCUUAUUAAGCCUUGCGGUAUCAGACUUCAUUACUGGGGCGUUGGAUAUUCCAAUCUUUAUUACGUUUUGUUUCAAACUUGAAACAGAUUUUCUUCAAGUCUUUGAGGUGCUUUGUAAACUGACUGCCAUUCUUACGGCGUACCACAUCGUCGCGGUAACUGCAGAAAAAURCAUCGCGAUUGUCAAACCAUUUCAACACCGAGGCGCGAAUCGAAAGACGUCAUUUAUCGUCAUUGGGUUCAUUUGGAUUGUUUCCAGUGUGAUAKCAGUUCUACCAUUCAUUUGGAACUCUAUUCUGCGUGGGAACCCACAGACAAGAAAGACAAGUGUCUAUCUUCAUCUUGGUCACGACGCGUUUUGCUUUAUCGCCGUUUUUCUUAUCCCAUACAUUUUUAUCGUCUAUGCUCAGAUUGUCAUGUUCAGAGCCAUUUCAUCAAGAACCAAACGAUUUAAUAAAGAAAUGAGAAGCGACAAAAACAGCUCCCGGAGAAAAGCCUGUGCUUCGCAUGAACGAAAGUGCAUCGUUGUUUUCGCCACGAUGGCUGUCUUGUUUGUCGUUUGCUGGUUGCCUUGGUUUAUUUUAUCUUUUUGCGCAACGAUGACGGCCGUAAACUUGGAACUUCUACCAAUUAUGCUACGGUUGUCUCCAUUGCUAGAAGCCUUCGCUAUUAUAAGAUUUUCAACUUGCAUAAUCAAUCCUUUCUUGUACACCUUUUUCAAGAGGGAUUUCCUAGACGCGCUAAAAAGUACCUGUCCGUGCAGGUUUGACAGUGAAAGGGAAUCGAUUUUUGUCAGCCUCGAACAAAGGAAAAGUUACAAUAUAUGUGCAACUGGUGUCGAUUCAAAAACAUGCAUCUAAUAUGAUGGAUAGACUUGGGUUGUUGGUUCGCUAUGAUUGAGGAUUUUUCUCAGGUUUUCCUGCCUCCGCAAAACUCAACACGCCAAAUCUUAAUCAUGAUCUGUGCUAUUCACGUCCGGAUGUUGCAGGGUGUGUUAACUGUGCCCACAAAUUGACCAGUCAAGAGGUUGUUUCAGAGAUUGAAGUGUAAGUUAGCCAAGCCCUGACUUUGAUCAGCCCAGAGGUUGUUUAAUGAUUSGAUCUGAGGGYUAGCCGUGCCCUGAUAUAGAUCAUUUAUAUACCAGGGCUUAAUUUAAGGGUUCCAAAAGAUUCAUGCUUAUAAGCCGUAAUAAAGUAUUAGGGCUAGUUUAGUUUUGCAAUGUUAAAAUAUUGACAACAAUCAUUGUUUAACAUAGUGUAAAAAAUUAGCCGUUUUAGAAAGGAUAGUUAUACGAGAAAAUGCGUGAAAUAAUCUCCAUCAAGGAAUAGAUAAUAGAAAUGGUGUAGUUUAACAAGCAAUUUCAAACUAUAUGAAAUCAUCUUUGUCUAAGAUAAGAGAUUUCAGAUAGAAUUGAUAAUAAUAAUGAAUUGAAACAAAAACUUAAUAAAAAUACUCCGUAGCUCAUCAUUUUUGGGGGGGAAAAAUCAGUGGGAGAUUAAAUUAUUCACUAGAGUUCAAGGGCCAUCAAAGUAAAAAAAAUGAUCUUAUUCAAGUCUUAAGUAUUCCUCGAAAAAUUUAUCAUUUAAUUUUGUUAAUAUUUUCUGAGGACGUUUGUAACCGUCUUAAAAUAAAC